AUGCUCUCAAACGCUCUCGCUGAAACCUCUACAAUGGCUCCGGCGCUGACCCCUUCAGGGCGGCCGCCGAACACCGAAAGUACGAUCACAGCUCUGAUGGCGACGGAUGAGCCAACAACGACGUCUAUGACAUCAGAUUCGUCGCCAAUGGCGGUGGAAACCAAUCUCCCGAAAGCUGACUGCAUUGUCCCGAACGCUACCACACGGCCACCAACCUCAUACGCUCGGGCGCUGGCUGGAGUUGAGCCUCACGGGGCGCAGGCUGCUCAGAAAUGGACUCCGGUUGGGGAGAACGAUCUGGUUCCUGGACAGAUCAAUGGAGAACCGUCUUUGAGUAUAUUUGCUGGAUUCAAAGGUCGGUUAUGCGCUCCGUUGCAAAAAACAUUGGUCGAGCGCCUGCUGGGGCUCCGCAUUCUGCUCUCGACUUCGAGGACUAUGGAGACCCAUAGGGGCGCUGGAGAUCAUGGAUUUGGAUGA